AGCAAGAGGGAGAAGGAGAGGUUGAAAACCGGGAACCGAAGCGCUACCACCACCACCACCACCACCACCGCUACCACUCCGCCCUGGGUGCCCCCCGCCGCCGCCGCCGCCGCCGCCAUGGGAACUCCGCAUCCGUCGCUCCAACCGCCGCUUUGUCCGUGGGCCAUGUCGUGAUCUGUGGGCUCCGCCAGCGGGUUUUCUAUCCGUGAUCCCGACCGAGGAGGAGGAGGAGGAGGAGGAGGAGGAGGAAGAGGUGGUACUGGUGGUGGUGGUGGUGGUGGGGGAGAUGUUCGCCUCGGUGGGCCCUCGGGGCGGCCCGCGCCCACCCGCCGCCCCGGCCAUCCCGGAGCCGGACCUGAGCCAUCUGACGGAAGACGAGAGGAAGAUCAUCAUGGCUGUGCUGGCUCGGCAACGGGAGGAGGAGGCGAAGGAGGAGGCCAUGUUAAAAGAAGAGAAGCCUAUCCAAGCAAGAACGGUGAACCUGGUUGGGCAGAAGAAACCCCCGCAGCAAAAUGACGUCCGAGGUAUCCAGCAGCAGUUGUCCAGCUACAGGGAGACGGUGAUCCGGCAGGCCACGGUGGCGGCGGGCUCGGCCGUUCAUCGGGACGACGCGCCAACCUGCGGCAUCUGCCACAAGACCAAGUUCGCAGAUGGCUGCGGGAACCUGUGCUCGUACUGCCAGACCAAGUUCUGCGCCCGCUGCGGGGGGCGAGUGUCCCUGAGAUCCAACACGGAGGACAAAGUGGUGAUCUGGGUGUGUAAUAACUGCCGGAAGCAGCAGGAGAUCCUGACCAAGCCAGGCGACUGGUUCACCGGUCCGGAAGGGAAACCCGCUGGCCUCGGUUCAGCCGUCAGCGAGCCGUCUGUGUGCCAAACGCUCGGGGACAAGAAGCUCCGGUCCCGCUCCCAAGCGCCCCCCAACUCCACCACCGCAAUCCAAGACCCCAACCGGCCCGGCGCACCAGGGACCACGCCGGGCAUCGACCUCCGGUCACGUAGCGAGCCACCACGAGACACGAGAAAUGGACGAGGAGGCGGUCGGGGAGGGGCCCGGCCCGGUCAGCCCCGUCUGCAGACCCAGGUCUCCAUGGACCGGGACCUCCGGGGGGAGUCCCGGGAGCGCAGGGAGAGCCGGCGUCUGUCGAAGGGACGCUCUCUGGAGCACGACCCUGUAGGAGGAGGAGGAGGAGGAGGAGGAGGAGGAGUAAGACGGACAGAAGAGGGGGGCUACCACCACAUGGACCACAGCGGGGCCCCCCCUCGCCAAGCAGGGCCGGUCCCUCCUGGAGGCCGGGGCCACCCGGGCAGCGUGCAGGGCCGUGGCGUGGGCGGGGAGGUGGGGGGUCAGAGGACGCUGGGGGGGGUGGAGGGGGGGCCACACGAACACACACUUUCUCAGCAACUUCCUCCCCCCGAACUCCGAGAGCCCCCCUGCUCGGCCCCCGGCCAGCAGGGCGCCGCGGUGAGGCGGACCAAACGGGAGAAGGCCGACAGCAUGCUGCGCAACGAUUCGCUGAGCUCCGACCAAUCGGAGUCUCUGCGUCCGCCGCCGCCCAGACCCUACAAGUCCAAACGGGGGCCGGGGGGGGCCGGGGGCAAGAGGCAGACCAGCGUCAGCAGCUCGGAGGAGGAGGGGGGCACCACGCCCGAGUACAGCAGCUGUGAGGACGCCGAGAUCGAAAGUGUCAGCGAGAGAGGAGAUUGGGAGUGCUACCCACAUGACCCCACUGUAUGGCAUCAUCCUGUAACCUGGCAGCCGUCCAAAGAGGGAGACCAUCAAAUUGGGCGAAUCACCCUCAGUAAGAGGAGCGCCACCAUGCCUAAAGAAGCUGGAGCUCUGCUGGGGUUAAAGGUGGUGGGAGGCAGAAUAACAGAGUCAGGGAGAUUAGGUGCCUUCAUCACUAAAGUCAAGAAGGGAAGCCUGGCUGACGUGGUGGGACAUCUCAGAGCAGGGGAUGAAGUUUUGCAGUGGAAUGGAAAGUUGUUACCGGGGGCAACCAUGAAGGAAGUUUACAACAUCAUCCUGGAAUCUCAAGCUGAGCCUCAAGUGGAGCUGGUGGUAUCCAGGCCUAUUGGUGAUAUCCCAAGAAUCCCCGACACGUCCCACCCUCCAUUAGAAUCUACAGGUUCCAGUUCUUUUGAGUCCCAGAAGAUGGAGAGACCAUCCUUAAAUGUCCUGUCUCCCUCCAGUCCUGGGAUGCUGCAAGAUGCUCCACAGUUAAUGCCGGGCCAACUCUCAGUGAAGCUGUGGUAUGACAAAGCGGGUCAUCAGCUAAUAGUCAACGUGAUGCAGGCUGCAGAGCUUCCUCUCCGGCCUGACGGGCGGCCCAGGAGCCCCUACGUCAAGAUGUACUUCCUCCCUGAUCGCAGUGACAAGAGCAAACGAAGGACGAAAACGAUGAAGAAGACCUGUGAGCCCAAGUGGAACCAGACCUUCGUCUACACUCAUGUCCAUCGCAGGGAUUUCCGCAACCACAUGCUGGAGCUGACGAUAUGGGACCAACCCAGGUCACCGGACGAGGACAGCACCUUUAUGGGAGAGAUCCUGAUCGAGCUGGAGACGGCCUUACUGGACGAAAAGCCUCACUGGUAUCCACUCCAAACCCACGAUGUCUCCUCCAUCCCGCUGCCCCGCCCCUCCCCGUACCUGCCCCGACGACACAUAGACCCCCCCGGCAAGAAGCUGCAGCGUUCUCAGCGUGUAACAGAGCCUGAAUUUGAUGAAGGUACAGCAGUAGUAUCUAAAGCGGACGGGCGUGGCAGGGAGAGGCAGCGGGAGUCCACGUCUACCCUGGAGGUCCCGGACCAGCAGAGGACGCCGUCCCAUCACAUACGGUCCCGCUCCGUCUCCCCGCACCGCGAGGAGCAGGGACGGAUCCGCUCACGGCCGCCCAAUGUUCCCGCCCAGAGGAGUCUGGACGAUGAGCUUCCUCACACUCGUCGUUCUCGUUCUCCGACCCGUUACUACGACCCUGCCAGAGGCCGCCGCCAGGAGGAAGAGUACCUGGACGACAGUGAGGUCAUCAUGAUCCACCAGUCAAUGCGAGGCAAAAGUGCUGAGUGCCUCCACACAAGGAGGUCUACUAGGCACAAUAACACUCUGCCACCUAAGAUGCCCCUUUUGUUCAACGGUACCCACAAACACACAGACAGUUCCACGCUGCCUGCAUGUCGAAAGAUAAGCUCUGCUGUGGGAUCACACGUGGUCAUGGCAACACGCAGCUCCAUCACACAACGCGUUGUAAUGUUCACAGAUGAGGUGACAGUUCGUGAUCUGCAGCCUUCUCUGGACAGGGUUAGGAGUGCUAGUGCCAACUGUCUAACUCCAGACAAUCAUGCCCCCUCACCAGAGACUGAAAGAAAAUCUUUGUCCCAUUCCCUGCCCCGGAGACGUCCGGCAAGUCCCAGGAUUCUUAUCCAACAUGCUUCCCCUGAAGAUGACAGAAUAUGGAUGCUACUUCCUACUCAAGAGACUUUAAUUCACCUCAGUACAAAGAAGAGGCAGCCUCGGACCCUGGAGACACCUGAGUGUCACACUCUUGGCAGGAAGCUCCUUGACAGUAGCAGGGGCCACCUCCAAGGUGGUGCGUCUCUUUCCUCCUCAGUGACGUCCUCCUCCGCCCGCAGAGUCCGGCAACUCCCACAGCUUCCCCCCAAGAGCAGCACCGCAGAACAAGCCCUGGUAGCAGAGGAGUGUGUCCGUGAGCUCACGAGGAGGGUUCAUUCCAACCGGGUGUCCGCUGCCACCACCUCCAGCCAACAGGACCUGGACCGAGCCCUCAAGAACAAACGGGAGCUCUACAAAGACCAGAGGAGGAGCAGCGAGAACGUUUCCCAUAAGUCCUCAGACAGUGAUGUCAGCGACGUGUCAGCCAUCUCUCGAACCAGCAGUGCCUCUCGCAUCAGUAGCACCAGCUACAUGUCCAUCCAGUCAGAGAGACCCCGGGGACGCUUCAGCAGGGCCAUGCGCGCAACGGGCCGCCACAUGAUGAAGAGCACCAGCGUGAGCGGCGAAAUCUACGGCAUGGAGCACGCGGACGGCAGCCAAUCAGACACGGCGCUCGGGAGCCUGGGGAGCGGGAUCAAGAAUCGGCGCUCGAGCCUCAGCCAACGUGUUGUCGCCAUCCUGCCAUCCAGACGCAGCCGGAGUACCUCACAACUCAGCCAGACAGAGGCGGCGGGUAAGGCGGCGGACAGACAGAAAGCUUCAGCAGGUAAAAAAGUGGGUAAGGGCGCCAGCAGCAGCAUCCAGAGGAGCGUGGAGACGGGCAUGGCGGUGGAGUACCCACGGGGAGGCUCCGCCAUGAACCGACAGGCCAGCAGAGAGUCGACUGAUGGCAGCAUGAACAGCUACAGCUCUGAGGGGAAUCUGAUCUUCUCAGGUAUGCGGUUGGGAGCCGACAGUCAGUUCAGUGACUUCCUGGACGGUUUAGGCCCCGGUCAGCUGGUCGGCCGGCAAACACUGGCCACACCUGCCAUGGGUGAUGUUCAGAUCGGUUUGAUGGAUAAGAAAGGUCAGCUGGAGGUGGAGGUGAUCAGGGCACGAGGCCUUAACUCCAAACCAGGCUCCAAAUCCCUCCCAGCUCCCUAUGUCAAGGUGUACCUGCUGGAUAAUGGAACUUGUAAAGCCAAAAAGAAAACCAAGAUUGCACGAAAGACCCUGGAGCCGCUCUACCAGCAGCACCUGCUCUUCGAGGAGAGUCCCCAGGGCAAGGUGCUUCAGGUGAUAGUUUGGGGCGACUAUGGACGAUUGGACCACAAAUGUUUCAUGGGUGUAGCACAGAUAUUAUUGGAGGAGCUGGACCUCUCAAGCACGGUGAUUGGCUGGUACAAACUGUUUCCGCCGUCCUCAUUGGUGGACCCUACAUUAGCUCCGCUCACGCGGCUGGCGUCUCAGACGUCAUUGGACAGCUCAGGACCGCCACCGGGCAUUCGGUCCUAGUGACCGAGUGGCGACCGAUAACCCCGCCCCCCCAACCCAAAAUAUCCCUUAAAUGACAAAAUAAUGGACCACAGCUACUGGACCAGAACUGAGCAGAGGGCGGGAACACGCCCCCCCCUCCCUCCCCCACCGAGGACGACGACGAGCCCUCGGCCAACCAAUGAAAAGCCAGACGGAGCAACAGGGAACGAGAGAGAGAAAGAGAGAGAGGGAGAGACAGAACUAGCCAAUCAAAGCUUAGCUGGAGUCUGACAAUCACGUCUCACACCUUCCCUCUUCCUCCUCUGUACGCCUUUUUGUUUUCUAAGCUUUGCUUUCUUUGUGUUCUCCUCUGAGCUGCAGCAGCGGAGGUUCCUGUCCAACAUUCUUCACUUCUCGCUACUGUCUUUCUUUCUUUCUUUCUUUCCUCCUUACUUUUGUUGUGCAGCCCAGAUCAAAGUGGAGUCCUCCACCUAGUAGCCCCUCCAGCCAAUCAGAGCAGAGCUUGCUGUAAACGAAGUGUGGGAGUUAGCGAGUAGCUUCAUUCAGCUGCACGUCACGUUGAGGUUGGCUGUCGUCUCUGCCGGUGUUACUGCGGUAACCCUGCGGUAACCCUGCGGUAACCCUGUGGUAACCCUGCGGUAACCCUGUGGUAACCCUGCGGUAACUCUGCGGUAACCUUGUG